UUUUCUUUUUUCCGUCGCAAACAAGAUGAAAAGUGAAAGAAAAUCGCAAUUAUUUUAAUUUUCUAUCAAAGAAAUUAAUUAUUUAUUCGUUCUUUUUAUCGAUAAUUUCAUUAUAAGGUCGUUUUAAUCCUUUCGCGUUCAUAAUUACACUCUUCGGUAUUCAAGUAUCAUCCACCAAAUCGCAUCAACGAAAUGGGAUGCUACUUGAAAGUAGCCGAAGAUGAAGGCGAAGAACCCAUCGAACUGCCUUUAGAGGAAGAUGGUACGUUACUUCUAUCCACUCUAACCGCUCAAUUUCCGGGUACAAGCGGAUUAAAAUUCCGCACCGAAUCAAACACAUUUCGAGGAGUUCGACUCGCCGAUGUAAAAUUCCAUCCUCCUGAAGAAUCAUGGGGUGAUACGGUCUAUUAUUGCGUAUUUCUGAAAGAAAACAAAAGAAAAUCGGACGAUAACAAUGAUAAUCUGGUAGCGAAGACUAAACGUAUUUAUUGUAUGAAAUGUACCGAUUUAAUCGUUCUCGGGAUACCUUGGGAUUUAUCCGAACAUCGUUUGAGAACCUAUUUCGAACAGUUUGGAGAGUUGUUGAUGGCUAUGAUCAAAAAAGAUUCGAAAACUGGCCAGUCCAAAGGAUACGGAUUUAUUCGUUUCGCCAAUUACGAAUCCCAAGUACGAGCACUUUCGGCUAAACAUAAAAUCGAUAAUCGAGUGGUCACCGUUAGAAUUCCGAUUUCUCAGGAAGGAUCGGUACCGUCUUCGAAAAUAUUCGUCGGUCGAGUAACCGAAGAUAUUACCGCUGAAGAUUUACUUCAGUAUUUCUCUAAAUUUGGCGAAGUUAUCGAUAUCUUUAUACCUAAACCAUUUAGAGCAUUCGCAUUCGUAACAUUCUUAGACGUACAAGUAGCUCAAUCUUUAUUAGGAGAAGAUCAUAUUAUUAAAGGUGUAUCGGUUCAUAUCGGAGGAGCAGCUCCGAAGAAUAACUCUAGAGCUAAUUCGACCGACGGUUUCAACAACGAAGGCUUUUAUUCGCCUCCCAAUAAAAACGUACGUAAAGAUAAAUCUUGGAGUAGUCCAAAUUUCGAAAAUCAAAACUUCCAGCAAAAUCCUCAACAAAAUAUGACCGCUGGAUUGCUCAACGCGUUAGGUAAUCUAAACCCAGCUUUGAUAGCUGCCUUGAAUCAAGCCAGUUGGGAAUUAAUGAAUAGCAAUAACUCGACCACACAGCCACCGCCAGUUCCUCCCCAACAACCAAUCACCACCAAUUACCCGACACCUUUACCUAGCGGUAGUUCACCAUCUCGUCAGUACAAUACUGGCUACCCUACCGGUACUCAAUUCCGUGAGAAUUGGUGGAACAGCGGCUACGCCAAUAGCCGACCAACAGCUAGCAAUUUUAAUAAACCGGUUGGAAACACAGCUAAUGGAUAUUUUACCAGAAGGAAAAACUACAUGUAGGCAAUACGUAUCGAAAUCCAUACGUUGUGUGGUAAUUUUUAUUCGUUCGCAAAAGUAUGUAUCAUUUUUUUUAUUAUUAUUACCUUUUCGAUAUUAUUUUUACGUAUAUUUAUUUAUUAUUAUGUUCAUGCGAGGUGUAGAAAUUUUCACUACGCGGACAGUUCUUUUCGCCUUUAAUGACCAUUAUUCUAGUUUCUUUGUUUUUUUUCUCUCUUUUUAUCGGACUCGCUCUGCAUUGAUUUUUAAAAAAAAAUACAUGUACACGUGUGUGAUCUGCUGAUCUGUGUCUAUAAUCUGAAUGAUUUUAAUGACUGUGUUGUUUGGAAAUGCCAAAUGCGAGAUAUUCUAAGAUACGAAUUAACGUUUUUAAUUACCUAGAGUAAAUUUGUACUAUUAUCGCUUCGAUGAAAAAUACCUACGCUUAUGUUAAUAGAUAAUUUUUAUUUCAAUUUUUUCCUCUUUUUUUUCCUCUCCUUGAUUGUAAUAUGCUGAUGCAAGUGGAUGCCUGAAGGCUGAUGAAUGCAUGAUUAUGUUAUUUUAUUUUUAAUAAGUAAAUAAAUCGGUAACAUCCGAAUUAAAAUCUUUACUCUGCUA